CUGCUCCCUUGGAUUGUUUGCUGCUCCGACUGAAAGCACGGAGCGCUGCGAUGAGCCUCAGCACUAUCUGUCCUGCUCAAUCACUGUUAGAACGGCUGAAACAAACUCCGGAGACCUCUCCGCUUCCUGCUGUAAACUUUAGGGGACCCUGCAGGAUAUUAGGAAGAGCGGAGUAGUGGAGCAGCAGCAUCAUCUUCUUCAACUGGGGUUAGGAGUAAGGUGCAAACUCCACGUCUAACAGUAUCUGUAUUCGGUGUGUGCACCAUGGCGUCUAAACCUCACCCUCCUCUGAUGAAGAAGCACAGUCAGACAGAUCUGAUAAGCCGCCUGAAGAGCCGGAAGAUCCUUGGAGUCGGCGGGGAGGAUGAUGAUGGCGAAGUGCACCGCUCAAAGAUCAGUCAGAUGCUUGGAAAUGAGCUGAAGUUCGCAGUGCGAGAGCCCAUCGGGUUGAGGGUGUGGAUACUCAUUUCUGCAAUUGGUUUCACAGUCAUGGCCUUGAUGGCCCUGGUGUUUCCCAACCAGCUAUAUGAGCUUGUUUUUGAGGAAGAGCUCUCCGCGACUAGCAUCCCCGUUCGCCUUUAUGGAGGAGCACUACUUAGCCUGUCCCUCAUCAUGUGGAACGGUCUCUACACAGCAGAGAAGAUCGUCAUCCAGUGGACUCUGCUCAGUGAAGCCUGCUACUUUGCGAUCCAGUUUCUAGUGACAUCGGUCACCUUAAUAGAGAUUGGCAUUCUGCCCAACGCUGCCAUGAUCCUGCUCCUCAGUCGCGUCCUCUUCCUGGUGGUCACCAUGGCUUACUACUACCACCUGGGCCGUAAGCCGAAGAAGAUCUGAGCUGACCAUUGGAUACUUUGGGGGAGCAGACAAACCAAGUACAGAUCACAAGCGAGGGGUCAGAAGGUUCGGAAUUUUAUUGAUUGGGGCUUGGAGCAUUACAUUGCCAAUGGAUGCCCCCUGCCCCCAUCCAUAGGACCUAGCCUAUUGAAACCCCCAGAAUUCAACAGAUGAGCACAGUCUCGCAUUCCAGACUCUACAUCAAGAACGAGAAACCUCAUAGUGAAAGUGAAUUGCUCUUUCCCUGGGCUGUGAGGUCAAGCCCCUCUUGACACACAUUCCUCUUUUGUGCAGUUCUGAGUGCUGUUAUAAAAGAGGAGCUAGCAGUUUGUAGUGCAUUGUGUUCUUGUGUCUCCUACUUAUAUGAUUUGAUUUGUACAGUAUAUCUGGCUGUGCUGUUCAUGUACAGCCACAUGGUUUCCACAUUCAGUAUUUAGUGAUAUCUAAAGUUGCAUUUUAACACCACUUCUUAAUCACACUCAAAGACCAAGAGUUUGUAUUCCAGUUUGUUUCCUGUUUGAUGCUGUUGAUGUUAACUCACACUGUAUGUAUGCUAAAGUGAAGCCUGAAUAUCUGCUCUUGCAUGCUUCUCUGACAGCUCUCCGUUGAACACACUGAAUGGAAAAAGCAUCAGUGCUUAAUGUAAGAUUCAGGUGCAGUUAGAUAAGCUAAAUGCUGGAUGAGGGACAAUGAACCUUUUCUUAAACUGGUGACAGUUUUCUGGGUCAAAGUCAGUUUUUACUCUCAAUCACGCCCAUCACCCAUAUUCAGAUACCCAAAAAGAAAUGCUGAAACAUUUUUCAGGGACAAAGUGAUUUUUUUUAUUCCUCGAGGUGUCAGGCAAGAAGUUCUACCAAAGUGAACAGAAUUGUUUUGUACAGAAUAUUUACACUGCUGAAAUUAAUACAUGUAAUGUGGAGAAAUGUCCGUGUGAACCGACUCGUAGAAGAGAAGCAGUGUCUCCUUGUUGUGUGUGCACUGGUAGGCGGGACUUUAGCCGGAGCGAUCUUACAGUACAGCUAGUGUCACAAGCCGAGCAGGUCAGUGUGCAGAGCAAACAAACCUGAGCUGGUUCCUCUUUAGAGAUGUAGCACAGUUUUUUACAUACACCUCAUCCUUAGCCUUAAAAUUACUAAACAGUCAUCAACACUGCAUCCUACAUCUUGUAUAUAUGUAAAUAAAAGUAUUUACUAUUACGUGGUGUUCUUGUGAAGCGAACAGGGAACUCGUUCAGUAUUAGUUAAAUGACUUUCAAAGAUUGAUCUUUCUCUCGGUGUGGCUUAUUUUGUACCUAUUUAAGUGACAUUUGUUUUUGACGUUAUGCAUGCAAUAUAAUCCACCAAAAGACAUAACUGUGUAGCAAGCUGCCACCAACGAGAAUGCAAAGCUGAUAAAUAAAUGGCGGUGAAUGGAUGCAGUAGUUAAAUACAGCAAAAAAGCCUUUAAAAAGGAAAUUUGAUUGGUAAGACAGUUUAACUAUAUAUGCUUUAAAACACACAACUGAAAACAUGACAGUUUUUACCCAAACGAAUACAUGUUCUACCUCCCAAUUCUUGGCACGCCUUCAGGUACGCGUCAUCCUAGCUCACUGUUUAAAAGCCGUGCCAAUAAUACCAAUUUGUCAACUCUGAUCUGCAACUCAAAAAGGCCAGUUGAAAAGACACUUUUAAAAUAGCUGACUCUUUUAGACAUGUAUUUUGAGUCGAACACAAAACAUACAGUAGGUCUCUUCACCAAAGGUGGUCCAUAUUGUUGCAAAUGACCACGUUGAGUGCUGCCCUAGAAGGGAGUGGUCCUGAGGUCAGAGUGAUUGUGGGUUUGCAGUUGUGAGUCCAGCGCUGAAGGCAGAUGUGCUUGUUACUUGGGUGAGCUCUCAGUUCAGAUAGGGAAAACAUGAAACAUGGGUGAGGUCUCCCGUACUCCUGAAAAGUUGUAAUUAUCCUUUUUCCAGUGUUUAAUUAGAUGCAGCUCUCCCGAGUGACAUUGUGUGCCCCAACCUACUGCUCCGUCCUGACUAGCAUGGUAAUUAUGGAGUUCAAGAAAAAUGUCAUUCCAUUUCCGUCGAUACUACAGGCCUCAAAUCAUCAGCCCUGUGAAAUGUUCAAAGGUCUGUGAAGCAGGUUAUUUUAGGAGAGAUGGGCUGUUUUGAGGGGGCGGGCAGAAGAAGAAGAAGAGGCAAAGAAAUGGCUCUUUCAUCCUCCUGGUUGUCUGACGUAAAUUAGUCCAAAUAUUACAUUGCUAAGUUGUGUCCUUGACAUUUUAGAGGAAUGGUAAGUUGAGCGGUUCAUUCCCUCUGAUGUAGAUCUAACAUAUAUUGUACUGUUGUGAAUAGCAUACCAGGUCAAACUGUUUCAAGUUGUAGCAUUGUGUUUUUAUGUAUAUAUGUGCUAUAUUGUACCUCAAAAAUGAAUUGUUGUGGAUUUCCACUAUUUAGUUUGAAAUAAAGGACACUACUGUUUAUUUUGAAGACU